CCAGCAUAAUUGUGUAACCAAGAGCUCCUGAGAAACUAACAGGUCAGAGUCAUUUCUGCGUUCGUUACAGACUUAACACUAAUUCCUUUCUGUCAAAGUCUUCAAAUGAUCACUGAUGAAGACUCGAGCACAAAUUUGACCGACACAAAUUCGAGUCUCCAUGCGGCUUCAUCCACAGCAGUCCCAUGAGUCACGGGCUGUCCAUGCAGGUCAAAUGUCUUCAAAUGAAAUUCUGCCACUUUGCUCAGGUCCUAAAGCUGGUGUCAGACCUCCGGAACCAUCCCGCGGCCGUGCUGAUGGCAGAGGGCCAUCCCAUGGUGAUCAGCUCCGACGACCCGGCUCUGUUCGGAGCGUCCGGUCUCUCGUACGACUUCUACAAGGCUUUCAUGGGCUUAGGAGGAAUGAAAUCGAAUUUAGCUACACUGAAAGAGCUCGUGUUAAACUCUCUAAGGUACAGCUCCUUGCCUCCCACUGUGAAGGAAAAAGCCAUUUCAGCCUUGCUAAGGAAGUGGGACAAGUUUGUCUCAGAGAGUUUGCUGUGAACCUGCAGGAGGACCUGCUGGGGAACCUGUUGGAGAACCCGCUGGUGACCAUAGAGACACUUUUUAUAGGCUGCAUUUUUAUACAUGCAAGAAUGAAAAAAAUUUACCUGGCUGUGUGUCAGAAUUGAAAGGAUUGUUUUACUGGCAUGAUUUAAGAAAAAAAACAAAAGUCUAUUAAGUCACUUAUCCACUGAAUGAUUAGAUCGCCCUCUGCUGGACACAUGCAUCUAUUACCUUCAUUCUAUGGGAGGUCUUUAUAUCGGGUGACUUUUUGAUAGCCAGAUGAAAAUUAACUGACAAUAAGAAAGGCUAUACUUUUAUUUAAGAACAUAAAAACAUUUUUUUUGUCCAUUUAUAGUUACAUUUAGUGUCAUGGAACAUUCGUGAAUUGAGAUCGUUUCGGUUUGAAACAGACGUUUCUUUAUCUUCUCUCUAUUGAAAGAGAAAUAAGACAAAGAACUUACUUCUUGUGACAUAAAUCAAUGCCAAAGGGUCAAUGAAAGCACCGACACUUGAGACUCCUUACAGAAACAUUUACACAUCUUUUAACAGAAUGUAAUGCACGUAAAAUUUUGGAGUUACACCAACGUUUGCACCAAUGUCUCCAUGUAUCUCCAUAUAUUUUAUUAUUUUGUUUACUUAUUUUGGGAUACAGUCACAAACUGCAAUGUCCCUGCCUCCUACUACAAAUCUACUGUAGUGAAGCAUCAAACACGAGCCUGCUAGUGCCAAUGCACACAGAACAAAGUUUCAUGGCUUUGGCAUGAGCGCCGUACAAGGAGCAAAGCUAUUAGAGCGAGUAAAGUAUGUGGGAAGGAAAUGAAACGCUGGAUUGACUACAGGCUUAAGACACCUGCAAACACACACAGAUAGGUUUGUUUAGUCUACUUUAUUGUCAACGGGAUGUUUCCGCUUAUAUUCGAAUCAGCAAAUAUUAGCCUUUACCCUAUUGCACGCACACACACACACACACACACACACACACACACACACACACACACACACACACACACACACACAGAUACUCACGGUACCGGGUCUCAAAGUGGCCUUUUUUUGCCACAGACACCCAUUAUAAAAUUUAGAGGUUUAUAACGUGCCAGGCCGUCGAUGUAUCUACACCAAACAUGACCAGCUUCAUUAGGGUACUCUGGACAAAGGUUUAAAUUGGUGCACCGACCGGCCUUUUGGUUCUUUCGCAGCCCUGCCCCAAUAUAUGCAAAAUCAAAAAACUUUCCACAUUAUUAACAUGUGACAUAGCAAAACACUCAGAACAAUGAGGAGAACUUCUUCACGGGUAUUCGGGUGAUGUCACGUGACGUCAUGUGCAGCACCGCCCCCGAAAUAAAAAAUGACCACAAUAUGGACAUGUGAUGUAUCAAAACACUCGGGAAUAAAAUACCAUUAAAAACAUUCUUUUACUUCAGAAGGAAAGUUAAAGUUGUCCAUGUGAUGGAUUUUUCCUCUGGGAAGACAUUCAUUUAACAUUUAUGGAAGGAGUCUCCAGUGUCAGCAGGGCCAGGAACAAUCAAAGGU